AUGGACAAAUCAAUGUAAAAAAGAAUACAUACUACCUACUACUUCAACUUCAAUGCUGUGUAGUGUGUGCGUAAACGGCAAAUAUAAAAUUAUUAAAAAUUUAGGCCAUAUGAACCAAAGGGUAAAUUUACCAAUUGAAACUUGUGAACUGCAUCGUUUAGACUGCCUUCUACUAUGCAUUCAAAUAAAUCUGGACGUGUUUGAGAAUGAAAUCAUAGUGAAACCAUGUUGAUAACAACAUUUUUUAAUGUACCAUAGUUCUCAUUGUCAAUUGCAAUGAAUGGUUCAAGCGGUUUCAGUAUUCCGAGUCAUGAACUAAACGAUUUAAAUAAUGGCCUAAGGCAAAGUUCGUCCUCUUCGAAGGUAAACAAAGCACCUCAUACCCCACUGACAAACGCUCGAGACAAUGCUGAAGAUUCAAUUGAUCUCAAAGAAUCUCCGGUUUGGUUGUUGGGCCGAUGUUAUCACCGAAAAUUAAGCCCAACUGGCUCACUGGAAUCUUCCACAGAAGUGGGCAUGGAAGCAACUGCACAUCAACCAAUGGAACAAAUAUAUGGAGAGGGUAUAGAAGGAUUUAAAUCAGAUUUUGUAAGUAAAAUAUGGAUGACUUACAGAAGGGAAUUCCCUACUAUGACAGGUUCAACUUUUACAACUGAUUGUGGUUGGGGUUGUAUGCUUCGAAGUGGACAAAUGAUGUUGGCUCAGGCUUUAGUUUGCCAUUUCCUAGGCCGUUCAUGGAGAUGGUUACCUGAGAAACCCAUUCAAAAUGCUAGAGAAUUUCAAGAAGAUUGUUUACAUAGAAAAAUUAUAAAGUGGUUUGGAGAUAAGUCUUCAGUUAAUAGUCCUCUGUCAAUACAUCAGAUGGUGAGUUUGGGAGAAGCUUUAGGCAAGAAGCCAGGUGAUUGGUAUGGCCCUGCAUCUGUAGCACAUUGUUUGAAAUCUCUAAUUGCAUCAGCUUCAAAAGAGAAUUAUGAAUUUGAUCAUUUAGAAGUUUAUGUUGCUCAAGAUUCAACUGUUUAUAUUCAAGAUAUAUAUUCUAUGUGUCAGUUGUUACAUGGAGCUUGGAAGUCACUUAUUCUUCUAGUUCCAGUGAAAUUAGGCACUGAAAAAUUUAAUCCAAUAUAUGGCCCAUGCCUCACAUCAUUAUUAACAUUAGAUUUUUGCAUUGGAAUCAUUGGUGGAAGGCCAAAACAUUCUCUAUAUUUUGUUGGCUAUCAAGAUGACAAACUCAUUCAUCUGGAUCCACAUUACUGCCAAGAAAUGGUAGAUGUUUGGCAACCCAAUUUCUCUUUACAAAGUUUUCAUUGUCGUUCUCCAAGAAAAAUGCCACUUGCAAAGAUGGAUCCAUCAUGUUGUAUUGGUUUUUAUCUUGGAACCCAACAUGAUUUUGAAACAUUUAUAAAUAUAAUAAAAUCAUUCCUAGUACCUCAGGGUGUAUCAUCAGGAUAUGAAUAUCCUAUAUUUACUCUAAAUAAUGGCUCCUGUGAUUCACUUAUGGAUACUCCUAAUGCUAGAUAUUCCUUUUUUGAAACAGAACAACAUUGGGUCACUCCACAUAUGCAAGACAGCGAUACAGACUUAGAGUCUGAAGAAUUUGUUUUAGUUUAGUAUUUUAAAUAAGAAUUUCGUAUCUAUAAUAUUAAUUUAUUGUUAUUUGUUACAUAAUAUUGGCUUUAUUAUAAUAAGACUUCAGUGUUACAACUGUGUUAAAAUUUGAAGGUUUUUAUUUUAUAUUAGAUUAUUAUAAUGACAUGUAAAAACCAAAUCUUACAACAGCAUUAUAUUAGUUUAGCAAACUCAUGUAACAGUAAAGUGUCUGGAUUUUAUAAAUAUUUACAGUCAACAAUUACAAAUAUUAUGUUGAUUGUUGCCAAUUACUUAAUAUGAAUUAAAGAAAGUAUAAAAAACCCAAUUGCUACUCAUUAUUAUUUUAUAAAAAGUACUGAUAGGUGGCUUUCAUAAUCACUACAUAGCAGUAAUCUGUUAUGACAAUGGCCUCAGGAGCUAUACCUACUCCAAGUUGAACAUGAACUUAGCAGUUAAUAUUGUGUCAUUUAUAUUUUGCGUUUUUUUUUUUAAGAUUGUUUUUUGUUGAAACUUUGUGUUGAUUACAUUACUUUUAUAGUUAUGUAUUUUGUGAUAUGUUGUUUAAUCUGUUCUCUGAAACUCAACAUCAUUUCAACUGCUUUUUUUCUGUAAAUUAAACUUGGGUAUUGUCUUGUUUGAAAAAAAAUUAUUUGUAAUAAAAUAACAAUAGUCAUAUUCAUUUAUUUGAAUUAAGCCAGCUAAUAAAAUGAAUAUAAAUAAUAAACAUAAGUUAUUACAUCAAAUAAA